AUGAGCAGUGAGGCUGAGACACAGCAGGCACCAGCCCCUGCGGCCGACGAGGAGCGCCCGGCCAGCCCGGCAGCCGCAGCUUCCGCGGGGGAUAAGAAGGUCAUCGCAACGAAAGUCUUGGGUACAGUCAAAUGGUUCAACGUCAGGAAUGGCUAUGGAUUCAUCAACAGAAAUGACACAAAAGAGGAUGUUUUUGUACACCAAACCGCCAUUAAGAAGAACAACCCAAGGAAAUACCUCCGCAGUGUAGGAGAUGGAGAAACGGUGGAAUUUGACGUCGUAGAGGGGGAGAAGGCAACUGAGGCAGCAAAUGUCACUGGCCCUGGAGGUGUUGCGGUCCAGGGAAGCAAGUAUGCUGCUGACAGGAACCGCUACAGGCGCUACCCCAGGAGGAGGGGACCACCACGAGGCGGGGAGUACUCCGAAAACUACCCCAGUGACGGAGAGGGCGAGCCAGGCAACGGAGGAGGCCGUGACAAGAACAGAGAGGCUGGAGAUGUCCAGGAGGGCGAGGGACAGCCACAGCAGCGAAGGCCCGCCUACCCCGGCAGACGGCGCUACCCACCUUACUUUGGAGGUGAAGGGGACGAGAACCAAGGAGGUGGAGAGCAGGGUAACAAACCUGUGAGGAAUAACUACUACAGAGGCGUCCGACCAAGGGGUCCACCCCGUCCCAGACCGGUGCGGGACGGUGAGGAGGACAAGGAAAACCAGGGUGAGGCUGGUGGCGACCCAAAUCGCCAAAGGCGUUAUCGCCGCAAUGUCAACUACCGCCGCAGGCGCCCACAGACUGGAGACAAACCCGGCCAGGAAAAGAAAGAGGCCAAGACAGGAGGGUGGGGCAGAGUAGGAACAUCUUACCCACCGGCACCUACCAUCUUUAACAUCGUCCGGUUUUUUGUCAACAAGAAGAAACAUCAAACAAGAUCUGAGCAAUAA